AUGUCCACUUCAAUCAGACCCUCCCUUGACCCCGAACUCGUCACUGUUCACGCCUCGAUCCCUUCUAUAGACAUCGAGACACCCUCGAAGCUCUCAGCCUAUCGCGCGGCCAUUGCACCAAUGUUCACUCUCGAGAACGCAAUCAAAGGCUCAGAAUCCAGCGUGGAGCCUAGCGAGAUAUCUAUACCCGGCCCAGCAGGACCAAUGCACGCUACUGUCUUCCGUCCUAAGAGCCGCACCCGCUCUGUUUCUGAGACUCCUGGAGUCCUGCACAUCCACGGCGGCGGCCUGGCAACGGGCAACCGCUUCUUGGGCUUCACAAUGUUGAACUGGGUCGAAGAGCUCGGUGCUGUGAUCGUCACGGCGGAAUACAGGCUCACGCCGGAGCAUCCGCAGCCCGCGGCGCUGGAGGAUAGUUAUGCGGCGCUGGAGUACAUGGCCGCGCACUCGGAGGAGUUAGGAUUCAACGCUGAAAAACUGAUUGUUGCCGGCGGCUCGGCUGGUGGAAACCUUGCUGCGGGCAUUACGCUUCUCGCCCGCGACAGGCAAGGCCCUAGGAUUGCGGGCCAGGUCCUCAUGUACCCGUGGGUUGAUGACAGCAUGGCCUCCGCCUCGAUCACGCAGUUUGGGGACAUUGCGCCGGUGAAGAAGGGGAAUCUCGCAACGGUGAAUGACUACGCUUUUGGCAAGAAUCGCGAGUUUGCAGAUAUGUAUACGGCGCCAGCCCGUGCUAAAAGUCUGAAUGGUCUACCGCCAACGUUGAUAGAUGUUGGCGAGGCGGAUGUCUUUCGCGACCAGGAUGUUGAGUAUGCGACCCGACUGUGGAGGGAUGGGGUCACGACAGAACUGCAUGUUUGGCCGGGAGCGUAUCAUGGAUUUGAUGUUUUUGUGCCGAGUGCUGAGCCCAAUAAUCAGAUCAAAUAUCGAACGAUGAGAUCUGAUAUUGGCUAUACAUACGCCACAGGAGUCGAGCAACUCGUAUCUCAACCGGCUACAUAA